GCUUAUCAUUCCUUCCAUACUCAUCAUUCCCACACCUCUAUAUUGCGCAAUCUCCUGUCCUUGGUCAUGCGGUUCUUUAUGAAGACAGGCACGACCGAGGUGCCUAUUGUUGUCGAGAAUCCUGAUGACAACACUUCCAACAACGACAAGAACCUGGAGGCUGGCGCGUCUCCAGUCCAGCAACAGUCGGUCGACAGUGAUAGCGAAACAAUAUCUUCCGAUGCUCAAGAAGGUGUUAAACAGAUUGAGGCUGCUACUACAGUUUGGACCAAGUCACACUUGAUUACUGCGUAUAUACUCAUGUUCAUCAUCACCUUUAUUGAUGCCAUGCAACAAGGCACAACAGGUAACAUGACCCCAUACGUUACUAGCUCCUUCCAACAGCAUUCCUUAACGGCAUAUACGUCUAUCAUGUCAAGUAUAAUUGGUGGCAUCUGGAAACUUCCUCUUGCUAAGAUUCUCGACAUAUGGGGACGACCCCAGGGUUAUGCGCUCAUGGUCGGAUGUAUGAUCCUUGGCUUGAUCAUGAUGGCUGGCUGUAACAAUGUGCAAACAUAUGCAGCUGCGCAGGUAUUCUACUGGGUCGGAUUUAAUGGUACCAGUUACACCUUGGGGAUCUUCGUCGCCGAUACUUCAUCGCUUAAGAAUCGAGGGUUCAUGUUCGCCUAUGUCAGCUCCCCAUAUAUUGCCACGGUGUGGAUCACUGGACCUUUGGCCACUGCGUUUCUCAAUGGACCAGGUUGGCGCUGGAGCUUUGGAGCCUUCACGCUUAUUACGCUUGCUGUUACGCUCCCUCUUUUGGCUCUUUUCAUGUGGAACUAUCGGAAAGCGAAGCAAGCGGGCUUGAUUGUCAAACGGCAGAGCAAUCGAACCUUUGUGGAAUCUCUUAAACACUAUGCCAUCGAGUUCGACAUUGGUGGCGUGUUGGUCAUUUGUGCUGGCCUUACUCUUUUCCUCCUUCCAUUCAGUCUCUACGCUCACGAGUCUGAGGGUUGGAGAGCACCAAAGAUAAUAGCCAUGAUUAUCAUUGGCGGAAUACUCCUCCUUGUCUUCCCAUUCUUUGAAAAGUAUAUUGCGCCGAAGACGUUUAUUCCCUACGAAUUACUUACCGACCGAACCGUUAUUGGUGCCUGCGUUCUAUCCGCGACACUCUUUGUCAGCUUCUACAUCUGGGACAGCUUCUUCCUCUCCUUUCUACAAGUCGUCAAUGGCCUGACCAUCACCCAGUCUAACUACGUGGCCAACAUCUACAGUAUUGGUUCUUGCUUCUGGUCUCUCCUCGUUGGCAUCGCCAUCCGCUGGUCUGGUCGUUUCAAAUGGCUUGCGCUCUACUUCGGAGUACCGGUCACCAUUUUAGGUGUCGGAUUGAUGAUCGCAUUCCGACAGCCAGAUGUCAAUAUAGGCUAUAUAGUUAUGUGUCAAAUCUUUAUCGCCUUUGCUGGAGGGACCUUAGUCAUAACCGAACAAAUUGCCGUCAUGGCAGCUACGGACCACCAACAUAUUGCCGUCGUUCUGGCGCUCGAAGGGAUGUUCUCUAGCAUUGGCGGUGCUAUUGGACUCACUAUUGCCUCUGCAAUAUGGGCAGAUGUCUUCCCCGCUAGGUUAGCGGAGUACCUACCACAGGAGUCGCAGGGAAAUCUGACUAUGAUCUACGGAAGCAUAGUUACGCAGCUGUCGUAUCCAAAGGGCACGGAGACGAGGCAUGCGAUUGAGAGGGCAUAUGGAGACGCACAGAAGAAUAUGCUCAUUGCAGCGACUUCAAUUUUGGUUCUUUCCAUUGGCGCGGUGGCUGUCUGGAGGGAUAUCAAGGUCAAGGAUUUCAAACAGGUCAAGGGUCGUGUGGUCUAGAGAGGCCUCUAAUCUUGCUCGCGGCUUUGGCUGGGUAUGAUCAAACCCCUGGGCGAAGGAGAGAAUGUCACGAGAUGACCCUUCGGCGCGGUAAUCGUGAAGUUUUGUAUUGCGUAGGAGAUGAAUUGGAUCGCCUUCACGAACUCAACUC